AUGCGGCCCCGUGGGGCGAAGGGCGCUGAGCUGCUGCCGGGGGAGAAGUUGACGGAACCUGAAGGCGGCCACGGAAAGUCGCUCCCCCCGCGGGCCGGGAACCUCCGUGCCGGGAUUUCCAGCGCACGGCAGGGCGGCGAGGGGCGGAGAGCCCCGGGGACACCCCCGAGCCCCCGGGGCUGCGGAGGCUGCCCCGGCCCUGGGGCUGCCUGGCUCCCGCUCCAAGCGCUCCUCCUCGGAGUUUCCAGAGAGGAAACUCCUGGGAACGAAAUCAUCUGGCACUCGCCUCAGCCGCCCCACUUGGCCCUGCCUUCACAAAGCAGCCUCCGCUGCCUCCCCGCCUGGCCGUCCCCCUCCGGCCGCCCCAUUGAUGGCAAGCCCCGAGCCUCCCUCUGGCUCGCUCUCCCAACUCCAAACUACAUUUUCGGGCUGACUAAACUUCCGUGUCACUCCGGACCUCACGCCAGCACCGCUCCGCGCACGGGAAAGCCCCGGGCCGCCCUGUCCCACGUGCGCCGCGGCGCCCGCCCCGCCGGGGCGGAGGGACAGGGGGGAGCAGCGCCUCGGGCUCUCCCGGCGGGCAGGGGCGGCCGGCAGCGGGCUCUCCCGGCGGGCAGGGGCGGCAGGCAGCGGGCUCUCCCGGCGGGAAGGGGCGGCAGGCAGCGGGCUCUCCCCGCCGCUCACCUGCCCGCCGCCCCGGACCGCGCGUUGCUCGGGGCGGGGAGCGCGGAGCCCGGCCCGCCCGGCGCGGGAGCUCUCCCCGCUCCGCGAGCCGGCAGCGCCGCUCCUUGCUCGCCCCGUCCCGCGGGAGCCCCCGUAACGCCGCUGCUCCGGCGCCUUCCCAGUCACAAAGUGCGAGACGACGGGAACACCGCCACCACUCCCCACACGGGCGCACGGGAGCCGACACCGCGAUCCGGUGCUUCCCCCCGCCUCCGCUGCCCCAAACAGGCAUCUUCACCAGCAACUGCCUCCAAACUUCCCCUCCGACAGCGCAGCCCCGGAGGCGCUCCGCUAGACCCUCCUGCCCUCGCCGCUCCCGCCCGAGCCCCGCGCCGUAACUUUCUGCCCCGCCGCCGCUCUGCCUUGCCCGCGGCCGGCCGAGGGGAGCCCCGCAGCCGCCCCGGCACGGCGGGACUCGGCGGCGGCGCUUCCGCACGGGAGCUGUUCGCGGAGCGGAGCACUGACCUUCCUGCGGCGCCGCGGGGCUGUGCCGUGCGCGGUCCGAGACGCGGGUCCCCACACCGUCGCCUGGCCCUGCUGCUCUCCCUGAAGGGCAGCCCCGUCGGGGGUGGGAAGAAGAGACGAGAAAAGUUUCACGAUCCGAUUCCCCCUCUCCGUGGGUGCGUGUGUCGCGGCUUGCCCCAGCGCGGGCGGGUCGGGGAAGGGGCGCGGAAAGACCAGGGAGCUGCGGGGCGCGGGAGCGUGGCCGCCCUCUGCGCCCACGGGGCAGGUGCCCGCGGGAAGGGCUUUGCUCCUCGGCUCGACCGGGCUCAGCAGCGGGAGUGGGAGCGGCAGCCCGCGAUGCUCAUUCCGGCUGCCGGCUCUGCUGUCAAAACCCCGGCGGCGGCGGCGCUGCCAGACAUCGCUGCGAGCCUCCGCGGCGGGUCGCGCCGCGCUGCCACCCCCCGCCACCCCGCUCGCCCCCGGGCCCUCCGCCGGGCCCCCCCAGCCCGCUUCCCCCGCGAUCCCGGCGGCGCCUGGAAUACCCCCCGGCGAUGCAACCCGCGCCCGCAGUCACACCCGCCGGCUCCGGGGUUCCCCCGUCGCGCAGAGGCAUCCCCGCUCCCCCAGGACCCGCCGAGGGCUCGCAGCCGUCAGCCCGCGGCGUGGAAGCUCCCGGGGCGGCCCCAGGGCCAGGCGGGCUCUCGGCCCCUCCGCUCCCCCGCACCUCCCGGCGCCUUCCCGGGAACGGGAGUUGUGCCACCUCAGCGCCGCCGGCGCCGCACCGAGCCCUUCUCGCCGCCGCUCCGUGGGAGCCCUGGAAGCCGCCGAGGAUGGGGAACGGGCAGCGGUCCCACCGUGCUGGCCGACGGGGAGCACUGCCCCGAGCAGCAGCCGGGUUUGAUCCUGCUUCCUUCGUGGCGGGGAGGAACAGACCCGAGCUUGUUCGCCUCUGUGCCUGUUUUGUUUCCCGGCUCCCCGAGCUUUGCCGCGGGAGGCUGGCGGCUCCCGAAGAGAACAUAUCGGGGCUUCAGUUCGCUCGUCCCGCGGCCUGCCCCGGCCGGCUGCGCGCCCCGCCGCCUUCCCCAGCGCGGCUCCGCCGGGCACCGCCGAGCCAAUCCCGGAAAAUUCAAAGCAUGCUCUUGCCUUGCGGAUUACCGGGCGGCCUUCCCCCUCCCACACGGCCCGGAGGGAGCUGACCCCCGGGUCAGGCCGCUGCACACUGCUCUCUCCCCGGGAGGGGAGGGGGGCUCCGCUCUGUCGCUGCUGCUGCGGCCGCCGAGGAGCGGGGCGAGGAUGCGCUCGCGAAAGCGGCUGCUCCGAUAA